UAUAGCAGCAUAAAUAAGAGAGGGCCAAAACAACCUCUUCAGUUCCUUAGAAAUCACGUUUCUUUCUAUCCCCAUCCCCUCAAAUAGCAGUAUUUAUUGCCUUCUUCUCUUCACUCUGCCUUUUUUUUUUCUUAACACUUUCUAUCAAACUUUCAGGUCUGUUUCAUGGCUCCUCUUCAUCUUUUUUCUAUCUUUUUCACUUCUUUCUGACUUUCCUGUAGCUUUCUUCCUCUUCUUGCUUGUGUAUAUAAGUUAACAAAGUUGAAGCUGUUUGGCCAGAACCCAUUUGAGAUUUCAAGGUGCUGGUGGAUUAGGCGUAGAAUCUGAGGCUGAAAACAGAGAAAAUCAUAUUCUUUUCUUGGUUCAAAACUCAGGUUUAGGGGAUGAUGGAAAACUAUUCUGUUCUUGUUAAUGGGGAUGAUCAUCAGCUGGACCUGCCUCCGGGCUUCCGAUUUCAUCCCACUGAUGAAGAGCUGAUCACUCAUUAUUUGUCCAAAAAAGUUGUUGAUAACAGCUUCUCAGCGAUAGCCAUUGGUGAAGUGGAUAUGAACAAGGUUGAACCUUGGGAUUUGCCCUGGAAGGCGAAAAUGGGGGAAAAAGAGUGGUACUUUUUUGGUGUGAGGGAUAAGAAAUAUCCUACGGGAUUGAGGACCAACAGGGCUACUGCAAAAGGAUACUGGAAAGCCACCGGAAAAGACAAGGAAAUUUUCCGUGGAAAAUCCCUUGUUGGAAUGAAGAAAACCCUUGUUUUCUACAAGGGAAGAGCUCCAAAAGGAGAGAAGACCAAUUGGGUCACCCAUGAGUUCAGAUUAGAGGGCAAAUUCUCUCUUCAAAAUCUGCCCAAAACAGCAAAGAAUGAGUGGGUAAUCUGCAGGGUGUUCCAGAAAACUGCUGGUGGGAAGAAAAUCCAUAUAUCAGGACUCCUGAGGUCCAAUUCUAUUGAAACCGAAUUUGCUCCUUCUCUGCUGCCACCAUUGAUGGAUUCUCCAACCUACAAUGGAGCUUCAUCAAAGCCCACCAGCUGGCCGGAAUCUGGCCACGUGCACUGCUUCUCCAGCCCCUUUUCUUCUGCCCAGAACAAGAGCCUGCAGGAAGAUAUGCUGCUGAGUUAUUUCAGCAAUCCUGCUUUUGCACCUUCUACUUCCAAUCCCCUGGAUGUUUUCUCAAGAGGGCCUUUCUCGAAUGCAUUUUCUUGGACUCAGCUUGGUCCUGUUCAAGGGAAUUACCAAUUUCCAGGCUCAAUUCCAAUGCAAGAUACCUCAGCUCUGAGGACUUUGAUUGAAAGCUGUGGCCAGAAUAUGUUGAAACAGAGCUUCAAAACUGAGCAGCAGGAGAGGGUUAGUGCCUCUCAGGAGACAGGCAUAAGCACUGAUAUGAACACUGAAAUUUCAUCAGUUGUCUCAAAUCUUGAGAUGGGAAGAAAAUCAGCAGUUGAUCAGGAGCCACCAUCAACUUCAGUUGGGCCACAAGGCCUUGUUGAUUGUCUUUGGUACUCUUGAAAAAAAAGAGAGAGAGAGAGAGAGAUAGAGAGAGCGAUAAAAAAAAAAGGGGGGGGGGGUAAGUGUAAUAAGUAUGCUAGGAAGAAGAAGCAUUAGAAAAAAAAAAAAAGGAAAACAUUAGGUAGGAAAAUUAGGCCUAUAGUUUUACUAUACUUGUUUGAAGACAAUUAUUAUGAUGUGUGUAUAAAUUUUCAAUUUGAGAAAUAUCAUAUGUAUUAU